UGACUCUACGCAAACAGGCUUCAUUCCGGGACGGCAGAUUCUCACUAAUAUCUUGCUGGCACGGGAGAUAGUAUGGCACGCCCCGAGCCAUGACCCGCCCCUGGCGUUCGUUCGUCUUGUUGGACUUCGAGAAAGCGUACGAUAGAGUCUCCUGGCCAUUUUUGCUUGAAGGCCUGAGUCGGCGGCGGAUCGGCCCGAGAUUCCUCUCCAUGGUGAAGUGCCUCCUGGCCUCGGCGGCGUCUCGACUCCUUAUUAACGGUUACUUGUGGGCCCCGAUUGCUGUUACGCGCUCAGUGCGCCAAGGCUGCCCCCUGUCCCCGGCAUUAUAUGCACUCUACAUCAAACAUCUACAUGACAUGCUUAGAGCGGACGAGGACCUGGUGGGGCUACCACUUCCGAGAGGCAGGCAACUCAAAUCAUCAGCUUUUGCGGACGACACGGGCGCGGUCACUGCAACCACGCCAGCUAGUGUCACUGCACUGCGAAACCAGGUGGCCACCUUUGAGGAAUUUGCAGGCGCUCGCAUGAACUGGCACAAAUCUGUCUCGCUGGUGCCGGACCUCACCGCAGCUCCCCUAUUCCAGGGGAUGCGUGUUCAGCCGAUGUCAGAAACGGCAACCUACCUGGGCAUCGACCUCCCUGAGGCCCUCACCGCCGGGUCCCAGAUGGAGCAGCUCAUGAAGAAGGUGGCCACGCGACUUGCUCUCUGCGGAAGAACGGUGGACGCUGGGAUAUUUGAUAGAGUGCUCUUGGCGAACACAGCGGCCUCUGCGAUGCUCUGGUAUGCAGCCCCUGUGUCAACCCCGGGCCCGGUCCCUCAGCGGGAAUACCGGAGUGCGCUCUCCAAGUUCAUCUGGAAGAACGAUCCGUUCGCCCCGCAUACCAUGGCGGAGUCUGCCCGACUGCACCCGACAGACAUGGAGCUCGCCCUGGUCCAACCGGCCAUCCUCACAGAGCUUAAAAGAGGCGCUUUGUGGUCCCCGUUUCUAAAGAUGUGGCGGGACUUGGCCCCGCUGGAGCUCAAACCGCCGGAGUCGACGCACCAAGUCCUCCAGCAGCCCCUGUUUGGCAAUCCGUCGAUUCGGGACAACAACGGUGAGCAGUUCCCUUCGGUCGGGCCCAAGGGUGCCUUCGGUAAAGCCUGGCUUAAAGCUGGGGUGGCGAGAAUUGCAAACCUCUGGGACCAACAGACCAGAGACUGGCAGCAGGAGGCGGCGGUGCUCAAGCAACAUGAUGGCCAAACGCAUAAGAAGGAACGGCUACAAGGCAUCAAACGGGCGAUUCCGGGGGCAUGGGUGGACUCUCUUCGCACGAUGCAGCGGUUUGAUAUGGAAUGGGUGACUCUCAGCUCUGAAGACCCGGUCCGCUGGCUAUUUCAGAUCAAGGCGCAGGUCGACGAAACUUGGUUAGUGGCCGAAGCCUGGGAAACCCCCCCCUCCGACUUCGCCCCUGGUCAACCCUUGAUCCGCGCCCCGGCUAGGGACGGGUGGCUCCCCCGGGACCUUGUCAGAUCCGUCUCAGUGGUCACGGACAGGAAAGGCCUCGCCCGGACCACCCACCGUGCCUUCUGCCCGGAGCGGCGCCCGGCUCAGCUGGCGGUCGACCCGGCUAUGUGGACCUGGAGGAGACAAGGCCUCCAGCGCCGCAACCUCCCGCUGCACCAGGUAUUCACCAAAGGAAUCUACAGAACGUUGUCGGCGCCCUAUCGAAUGGAUCAGGAACUCCAGUACCGCUGGGCCAGAUGAGGCUGGUUGAAGGGAACCUCCACUAUCAAGUGGACUCCUGCUGCAUGGAAGUCCAUGGCCAGCCGCUUCCAAACGCUC